AUGUCCGAGUCAGACUCCACAUAUUUGGCGCUCAGAGACACGUGUGUGCGCGGCGAGCUUCCAGCCCGGCUCAGCUCAAUUGCGGCGCUGCUCACGCCUGUCAAAACGCUGCAGAUCUUGCUUGUCGAUCUGCCCGAAACCGUUUCUUUGCGACUCUGUUUUGAGGCUGCGCAAUCGGCGCUCAAAGGCUCCGACGCCGCAGAGUCCCUUCCCUUGCCCGACACGUUUGCUUUUCCAGCGGAGGUGGUUGCAGAGCUGGUGGCCGAGGCUGAUCGCUCGCUGGAGGAACAGGUGCACAGAUGGCAUUUUGACAGCAACCAGGAUCUGUAUUUUCAGUUUGUCCAGGCCAGGAUCUUCAAGACAAACUACUAUUUGGGAGUUCUGCCGAAACCAGACGAGAUCGAGGACCUCGUGUGUGCCUCAGAGUUCUCGUCCAAGCAGUUGACAGACUGGUGGAGCCUGUUCUAUGUGCCGCUCGCCAGUUUGGCUGAGUUCGGCGACGUCCCGUUGUUGCUCGACUUUGUUGACUACUACUCCCCAAUGGACCAGAUCGAACUGUUCAUCGGACUCAUCGACACCUCGAACCACGACCGCAUUGUCCAUUGGCUCUGCAAAUUCCACAGUUAUCUCAACGACAAUGGCACAACUAUCAAUAACUACGUUCUCUCGCUAGGAAACUCCAUCGUCGCCAAACCGGCCGUCCAGAUCGAGUCCAAGUUCGACACUCUCGCAAGACUCGUCACCUCCAGCGACCUGUUGGCCUAUCUGCAAGCCACUGGCGCCUUACAGAAGUUUGUCAGCAUAGUAUUGGCAAUCAUCUACCUCUGUCCCGAAGUCUCGCUCUCUCUUUACGUGAAGAUGAAGGAAAUACUUGUCUGUCUCAAAUUCGUCGAUGCCGAGAGUUUGGCUCCUAACACACACCAAGACCUUACACGCAAAGCCUCGCUGCAAGAGAUGGCAAACUCCAUCGUGCCUUGCCCAGACACCAUCAAAAUUCUGACACAAUAUGUCGAGACGGGAGAAAGACUGUUCUCCAACAACAUGUCGCUAGCUCAGGUGGCUGAGCUUCCUGAGAUGAGCCCGCAAGAGCAGUACGACCAGCUGGAGAAAUUCGUCAUCACAGAGUCUGCGUAUCUGACAACGGCUAAACAAUGGGAAAGCUUGCUCAGCUCGGUCUACUGGGUCGCCAACAAUACCCGCGUCUUCAACAAAGUCAAGCUCGCUCAAGUGGAUGAGCUCAUUUUGAGCAAGCUGCUCUCGAAAAACAUGUUUGCCCUGAUCACUUCUGUCUUUUUGCCCAAGUAUUGCACGCUGGACGCUGGCCAAAUAGACAAAAUUCUUAUAAACGCAGCAUGGGAGUUCUACCGCAAAGCAACCAACUGUGACCCGUCGAUGGGCCAUCUGAAGAGCGCCAAGAACUGUCUGCAGAUGGCCAGCUCUGGUACGUUGCAACUCGAGCAGCUCAUCACAGCUAACCAAGAACUAUUGCAUUGGAGAUUAUAUUUCAAACCGGGUGUUCCUAUCAAGCCGCUAGACAUCCUGGAGGCCAAAGACCCUUUGAAGAUUGUGUCCAGAAUUUUGGAGCUGAACGACAAUGCAUACAAAGAAACCGAGCUGUUGGAAUCUUUGCUGUCACAUUUGAGGACCGGCAUCAACAGCAAAAAUGAGAUGGAUACCGUCAAACUGCGUCUUCUUUGCCUUGAUUUCGCUAUUGCGCAAGACUUUGGCCACUCCUUGCAACUGGCCUCGACCUUGAUUGACCUCGCCGUCAACGCCAAGAAAAGCGAUCCCAAACUAUUUGGCCUCAUCCAGGAAAGAUGGUUCUCCAUAUUCCAGCUCGUCAAAAACGACUAUGCCGAGCCAGAAGAGCACGAACAGAUCACACAGAAACUCCACCUGUUGCAGCACCUUAUGCUGAUAGUGCCUACUGAGUUCAACACCAAUGUUCUUGAGCAAUGGCAGCUACUUAAUACCAUUCUUGACCAGGUCGUGCCGGAGACUCCUCCGUCAGGACAGACGAAGAUCGAGAAAUCCAACGACCUGGGCAAAAACAUCAUUGGCUGGAUAGUCGGAGCCCAAUAA